UACGUAACCCUCUCCUUGUAGCCCAGAGACAGCACAAGUCAGCCAUGUUAAUCCAUUUUAGAAGGCGCCAAAAUCACCUGCCGAGCUCCUCUGGAGGGGAGACUCCCGGGGCCCCCGCUGCUCUUCGGAGGCCUGGGUUGGAGCCGGCUUCCAUGUUGGCGGCUCCCCCAGUCCCAGGGAGGAGCAGUACCGGUUCUUUCUAUGUGGUAGCCCAGACCGUUUUCGGUUUCCGCCAGCGUCUGCCCAGCCCUGGAGACUGCCAGGCGGCCUUUUCCACCGGCUGAGCCGCAGACCACCUUAAAUGGCGCGCGCCCUUAAGGCAGCGCACCGCCCCUUGCAGAGUGUUUGGCCUGGGCACCCCUUUGUCCAGGCGGCUCCGCGCCAGCCGCGAGGCGAGUUCUUAUCAAGAUCUCGCCCGGCAAGGCCCUUUCCAAACUCAUUUGGCCCAUCCACCAAGGCCCAUCGGUUGGGGAGGGGCCGGCCUGGGGCUAGGAGACUGGCCCAAAAUCGGCUCCCAGCGCUGGAGCUGCCGGAGCGUCUCGAGAGUGACCCUUGCCGCCGACGCAGAGCCCCCGGGGUGGGCUCUCGACCCCAGGGCGAGCGGCCAGCGCACCUGCCAUCCGAUGCCCGCAGGCCGAGGCCCCGGGCGUCCGCUGCGCCCCCCGGAUGCGCACGGAGACCUCCGCACGUGCUGUCGUUCCACGGCCUCGGUCCGAUCGGUGGGUGGAGGGGCCGCGCGGUGGUGUUAGCUGCGACUCCAGGCUGCAGAAGGGCGUCGCUUCUAUCCCUCUGUCAGUGAAACGCUCGCACGGCCUCAGGAGGGUCCUGGGCAGGUCGCUUCCGCGUCCCCUGGCAUCCCAGGGCCCGCAGCGCCCUUUCCUGCCCUUUGCAGCCCCCGGUGGGGACGUCACUGCUCCACAACACGACGACCAUAGUCACGCAGCCACAGUACUACGGUUGCACACAUCGAGAGCCAGGGACCAGAACUGCUUCUCUCUGAAAGCGACCUGAACCACGUGGGCUGAGGAAGAAGAAGAGUCCAUGGAGACACACUGGGCCAGAGGCGGGGAAGGCAUCAGAGACCCAGGCCGGGCCGGUGACCUUGGCGAGUCAGCCUCGAGCUCCACACCUUGCUAAGGGAGAAACGCUCCUGGGGCCAGCUUUACUCCCAAGCGCAGGGAUCACGGAUUCAUCCCUUCUUUCCUGGCAUCUGUUUUCUUGCUCCGGGAUUCCAUGCCAGCCCAUGGUGCCCGUCUUUGAGACAAGCACGCCCUCUUCGGCUGUGGCCUCAGCAUGUCGCCUUUAACCAAACCCCAAGCACUGGAGGAGGUCCUUCCCAGCCUUGAGGAGAAGCCGAAAGGAAAGCCGCUUUUCCCCUGGGGCUCUCUGUUUGGCCACCGCAGCGAGAAAAUCACCUUUACGCAAAGUGACAGCGUUCCGGAAGAGAACGUGCUCACCAUCACCAUCACUGAGACCACCGUCAUUGAGUCAGACCUGGGCGUCUGGAGCUCCCGGGCCCUUCUCUACCUCACUCUGUGGUUUUUCUUCAGCUUCUGCACGCUCUUCCUCAACAAGUACAUCCUGUCCUUGCUGGAAGGGGAGCCCAGCAUGCUAGGUGCCGUGCAAAUGCUGUCCACCACGCUCAUCGGCUGUGUCAAGAUUUUCCUCCCUUGCUGUUUGUAUCAGCACAAAACCCGCCUCUCCUACCCGCCUAACUUCAUCAUGACCAUGCUGUUUGUGGGUCUAAUGAGGUUUGCGACGGUGGUUUUGGGGCUGGUCAGUCUGAAGAAUGUGGCAGUGUCGUUUGCAGAGACGGUGAAAAGCUCUGCACCCAUCUUCACUGUGAUCAUGUCCCGGAUGAUCCUGGGGGAGUACACGGGGCUGCUGGUCAACCUCUCCCUUAUCCCAGUCAUGGGAGGGCUGGCACUGUGCACUGCCACUGAGCUGAGCUUCAAUGUCUUGGGCUUUUCUGCUGCCUUGUCGACCAACAUCAUGGACUGUUUGCAAAAUGUUUUUUCAAAAAAGCUCCUCAGUGGGGACAAAUACAGGUUCUCGGCCCCGGAGCUGCAGUUCUACACCAGCGCCGCCGCAGUGGCCAUGCUCAUCCCAGCCUGGAUCUUCUUCAUGGAUAUGCCGGUGAUUGGGAGGAGUGGGAAGAGCUUCCAGUACAAUCAGGACGUGGUGCUGCUGCUGCUGAUGGAUGGCGUGCUAUUCCACCUGCAGAGUGUCACGGCCUACGCCCUGAUGGGGAAGAUCUCCCCAGUGACCUUCAGUGUCGCCAGCACCGUGAAGCAUGCUCUGUCCAUUUGGCUCAGUAUUAUCGUUUUUGGCAACAAGAUCACCAGCCUGUCGGCCAUUGGCACUGUUCUGGUGACGAUCGGUGUCCUGCUCUACAACAAGGCCAAGCAGCACCAGCAGGAGGCCAUGCGGAGCCUGGUAGCGAGCCCCGGCCGAGCCCUGGAGGAGGACGCUGAGCCUCUACUGCCAUCGGACCCCCGUUCGCACCACUGA